AUGGUUAAACUACUGAUUUAUGAUUACGUUACCUCUACGGUCGGGAAUAGGAUAAUUCUCGAAGUUGAGGAAAAUGAAAAGAUUUCAAAAAUCAUUGAUUUGAUUGUUCCCAAAAUUAAGGAGAAUGUGAAAAAAUCAUGCGAAGAAAAGUCAGCCAAAAACAAUUCCAUUAAUAUUGAAAAUGGUUCUGAGUCACUGUUAUUAUAUCUGGGAACUACGGUUCUAGAGAAUUGUAAAACCCUAGAUCAAUACAAUGUUUCGUCACUUUCUGAGCUUUCACUUUGUUUGUACCCAAAAGUUGACGUCAAGGUUACAGUGACAGUAUUAAAGGGAAUAAAUUGUUUCGGUAUAAAAUACACACCGAUAUUCUCGCUUCUGCUCAAAAACAAAAUCAAAUUCGACACUAUAGACCAAGAAACCAUACUAGAAAUAAAGAAGAAAAUACUUUCCGUAUGCAAUUUCUCAAAUAAAAAGGGAGAAGAAUUAACAUUGGAGAAGUUGAAUUUAUUUUACAAAACGAGUGAACUGAAUGACAAUUUCACCUCAAUCAAUGAAUUAAACUGUAAAAACAAGCUAAAGUUAAAGUUACUAAUACCCUACGGAUACAGUUUCAAGAAAUUGAAACCUGAGUCAGAAAGUUGUUAG